CUGGGGACUUUUAGGCACAUCUGGAUUCAUGGAUUCUUUUUAUUCCAGCUUCGCUUCCCUGAACCCCACAGUUUUCCACAGAGAAAUACCGAAGAGCCCACUGGCCCCUGCAGUUCGAAUACCAUGGCCCUGGCCCAGGGUUCAGUGACAUUCAGGGAUGUGGCCGUAGAUUUCUCGCAGGAAGAAUGGGACUUUCUGGACUCCGCUCAGAAGAGCCUGUACAGGGACGUGAUGUGGGAGAACUAUAACCACUUCAUCUCGAUGGAUUUGGAGCCCAGAUUCAAGACCAAUACUUCAUUGUCAGACAAGGAUCUCUAUGAAGUGUAUUCAUUACAGUGGGAGUUGAUGGAGAAAAUUAAAAGUCACAGCCCUCAGGUUUCUGGUCUUAGAGAUGAUUGGGACUACAAAAGCAAGGUUGAGCGACAAAAGGAACCACAGAAAGGUUAUUUUGGGCACUUGAAAAUUACCUCUGAAAAAGGCCCAUACAAAAAGCACAGUUUCCUUACUGAGUAUCAGAAAGUUCAGAAUGGAGAAAAGUUCUAUGAAUGUAAAGAGUGUAGGAAGACCUUUAUCCGCCGCUCAACACUUAGUCAACACUUGAGAAUCCAUACUGGUGAGAAACCUUACAAAUGCAAAGAAUGUGGGCAACCCUUCAGACAGCGGGCACACCUUAUCCGACACUACAAACUUCACACUGGGGAGAAGCCCUAUGCGUGUAAGGAAUGUGGGAAAGCCUUCACAGUGCUCCAGGAACUCACCCAGCAUCAGCGACUCCACACUGGUGAAAAGCCGUAUGAAUGCAAGGAGUGUGGGAAGGCCUUUCGGGUACAUCAGCAGCUGGCUCGGCACCAGAGGAUCCACACUGGGGAGAAACCCUACGAGUGCAAGGACUGUGGGAAGACCUUCAGACAGUGUACACACCUUACCCGACACCAGCGACUUCACACUUCUGAGAAGCUGUAUGAAUGUAAGGAGUGUGGGAAAGCCUUCGUGUGUGGCCCAGACCUUCGAGUACACCAGAAAAUCCACUUCGGUGAGAAGCCCUAUGCAUGUAAAGACUGUGGCAAGUCUUUCAGGAUAUGCCAACAGCUGACCGUCCAUCAGAGUAUCCACACUGGGGAGAAACCCUAUGAAUGUGAGGAAUGUGGGAAGGCCUUCCGGUUGAGGCAACAGCUUGUUCGCCAUCAGAGAAUCCACACCCGUGAGAAACCCUAUGAAUGUGUAGACUGUUGGAAGACCUUCAGUAGUUACUCCCAGCUGAUUUCCCAUCAGAGCAUUCAUGUUGGUGAAAGACCCUUUGAGUGCGAAGAAUGUGGGAAGGCCUUCAGACUUUACUCUCAACUCACUCAACAUCAGAGCAUCCACACAGGUGAGAAGCCUUACGAAUGCAAGGAGUGUAGGAAACCUUUCCGACUGCUCUCACAGCUCACUCAGCACCAGAGCAUCCACACCGGGGAGAAGCCUUAUGAAUGCAAGGACUGUGGGAAGGCCUUUAGACUUUAUUCAUUUCUUUCUCAACACCAGAGGAUCCACACUGGCGAGAAGCCCUACAAAUGUAAGGAGUGUAAGAAGGCCUUCAGACAACACUCACACCUCACCCAGCAUCAGAAGAUCCACAGUGGAACCUAAGCAAAACCUCAGUUCUGUGUUACAUUUGCAAAAUGUCAGGAAAUCCAGUUUUGAGAGUCAUUUAUUUCAUGCUUAUAGUAAGCAUAAGAAAGACUGUGUUGCUUUAAAACCCCUCCAUUCUCACUUAGGUGUUACCUAUCCUCAGCAGAUUCCUAUGAAAGAAUAAUUUGAUGAAUGUAGGAAAGCCUUUAGUCUUAUCUGUUGCCAUCUCCAUUUAACUACUCUCUUCUCCCCUGUGAGACAGGACACUAAAUAUCAAUGCCUUGUUUUGCUCACUGACAAAAUGAUGAUAAUAGUACUUACACAUUAUAUUUAUUGUUAUGUAACAAAUUACUAGAAAAACAGUAGUUUAAAUACUAUACAUUUAUUAU